AUGUCGGCAGACCUAUCUGGUUCAGAGCCGGAAUACCUGCCCAGGGUGACCAAUCACGCUUCUGCUGAUCCACCUUUCCCGAUCUCGCCCACCAAAAUCCAACUCCAGCAAAGUUCUGCCAUGCCUGACCGCCAAGAAUUUGUGACUCUUUCGAGAUACCUUUCACUACACAUGCAAAGUUUGUUAGCAGUAGUUGAUAUCCAGGCUCCUCGAGGCAAUCGAAGUUUCGCACAGUUCCACAAUACGCCACUUAUUGUUACACCAUCGCAUACCACGCCUCACAACUUGACUACCUGA